GUGUGUGUGAGUGUGUGUGUGAGUGUGUGUGUGAGUGUGAGUGAGUGUGAGUGUGUGCGCGCGCGCGCUGGCGUGGGGAGGGGAGGAGCUGUGCCCCCGUCCUGGGCCCCGAGCCUGGCACGGCGCCCUCCAUUCUCCUGGGGCCCCGCCCGGAACCCGCCCGGAACGCGCCCCGGUCGCCGGGCGCCGGGUUCCGCGGGCACUGCUGUGGCCAUGCCGUCCCUCCUGCUGUGGCUCCUCGCCCUGGCCGCGCCCGCGCCCGCCCUGGCCUGGUCCCGGCCGCUGUGGUACCAGGUGGGGCUGGACCUGCAGCCCUGGGGGUGCCAGCCGAGCAGCCUGGACGGCUGCGGGGUCGGCCUGGGCUGCCCCGGCCACUGGCUGGGCCUGAGCUCGAACCCCGUCUACUCGGUGGCGGGCGUCACGCUCACCAGCGCUGUGGUGCUCGUGGUGGGCCGCAAGGUGCUGCGCCGGCGGGGCGCGCCCGGCACCCAGAGCGAGCUCCUGCAGGUGAUGGCUCAGCCCCCUGGACCCUCCAAGCGGCGGCCCCCGGCCUCCGACCACGCCCUGCUGCUCACCGUCCUGCACAUGCUGGACGCCCUCCUGGCCCAGAUCCAGGGCCACCUGCAGCGCCUCGCCGCCCAGCAGCCCCGGGCAAUAAAGGGCACUGCCACCCCGAGCGGGUGACCCGAGCACGCCUCCGCUGGCUGCAGGGGGGGGGCGGGCGCUGGGCAGGCCGGCACUGCCACCCCGAGCGGGUGACCCGAGCACGCCUCCGCUGGCUGCAGGGGGCGGGGGGGCCGGGCGCUGGGCAGGCCGGCACUGCCACCCGUGUGGGUGACCCGAGCACGCCUCCGCUGGCUGCAGGGGGGGGGCCGGGCGCUGGGCAGGCCGGCACUGCCACCCCGAGCGGGUGACCCGA